GGCCUAGCGGCGCAGCGCAAUCGGCGCAAGCGCAGCAGCAGCGGCUCUGGGGCGGGCGUGCCGGCUGAGGCUGCUUUGGCGGUGCCGAAGCUGCUUUCCUUUCCUUUUCCUCUCCCUGGUCUUCUCUGGGUGGUUUACUUGGUGAGUUAAUGGAGGAGGAAAGAAAGGCUAGCGGGCGUUGCCCUCGUAUCCUUCCUUCCGUCGCGCCCGAUCGGCCCCGCGAGGCCAUCCACCUGUCGCACCGGUCCCCGCGGCCCGCCCUGCGCGCCUCUAUGUCUCGGGAGCGCAGGCGCGGGAGCGAGUGGACCAGCUUUUAGAAGAGGGCCUCCGGUUUUGCCCAGGUUUCAGCCCCCUGAUCCCUUUUUGACAUUUUUUUUUUCUCUCUGAGAAGUGCUUUUAUUCCGUUUUAAGCCAUUUGCUCUUCCGUUCAUGCUUAUGCACGUGUAACUGCAAGCUCAUUUGGAAGCCUUGACCCCAGUCACACACUGAUUUGGGAGGGAAAAUCCCUGUCUCUGAAUCCUCUUGAGGAGGUGUCCAUCCGGGAAGUCCAGCGCAUCACUUCUGCAGUUCUGACUGCCUGGUGGAUGGGUUAAAUGGCCUGGUGGCUUAGUGAGCUUUUCGGUUCCUACUUGGAAGGCUUCGCUCAAUGCAAAUCCUAACUUGAGGCUCUUGCUAAAUUUUAUUCUGUAAGAAUAAAGAAUAAAUUUAAUUUUCUGUUUUUCGAUUUGGUAGAAUUUAAUUUUUCUGGGCAGCCCGUAAUUCAGAUGAAUGAUCUUUUGGGGCAUGGUUCUCCUUAUUUCACAUCACAUUGAGUUUUUCAGGAAAACUUUUAUAUAAAUUUAGGUGUAAACAGAGAUUACCCAUUUUUGCCUUGGGAAAAAAAAUGGUUGCUCGUUUUCUUUUUGUUUAACAUGGAUAGAGAAAAAUUUCUCUGGGGGAAUCUGCUCCUGUGCAUGCUAAAGUUUGAAUUAUGAAUUCAUAGAAUGACAACAGUAUUAACCAACUUGAUAGUCAUUAGUCAAGACAUAUAUGCCUUCCUGACCUAAGGAUUGAACCCAGGGAUUCAGGAGUGUUGUGCUCACACAGAUAUCUGUGUAUCAUGUGCCUGACUGGUGCCCAUAGAGGUGAGAAGAGGGUACCAGAUCCCCUGAAGUUAGAGCUACAGAUGGUUGUGAGCUGCUGUGUGGCUGCUGGAAACCAAAUCCUGGUCCUCUGCAAGAACACAUGCUCUUAACUUCCGAGCCACCUUUCCAGUCCUGGUUAUGUUGUCUUUUAUUGCUUGAUGGUAAAAAUACCUUUGUUACUGUUAGCAAAAUUCUUGGCUGUUCUACUAUAAAUGUUGCAAUAAAGAAAAGCCCAAUAUUUUAAUCAUUCAAUAAUAGAUUUUAGAAACAUGAAAAACAUAAUUGUCUUGUGAUUUACAAAGUUCAGGUGCCAUUUUGAAAUAUUUAUGCAUGAAAUUUUAUGAUACUGUAUAAAGUUCUGAUUAACUUGAAGUUCUUUUGCAUUGUAGACCCUACUUUUGCCAAGAUCAGCUUUGGCUCAAACUUAAUAGACUCUUCAUUUGUGGUUCCUGUCAGUUUGUGUGUGUGCUUCAGUGGAGUCAAACACAACACCAUACAAACCAAAUAAGGAAAUGAAUUCUUUCUCUUGAUAGGUCAAAGUGCUUACUAAAGCCAACCAUAGUUUGGCUUGGGCAGAAAAGUGCAAUGCUGAACUUCACCAGAUGUCGACAUCUGAAACAGAUCACGCAGAAGUGUUUUUCCAGUGUACCGGUUCAAGUGCGGACUCGCACACAACUCCUGCUUUCGCGAGCCUCUGCACAUCCAGAACCAGGAAAGUCAUGGCACUCAACCCACGCUCUUCUUGGAGACAAAAAUAUUAUCCUGAUGGGGGCUCCUGGUGCAGGGAAAACAACAGUGGGCAGAAUACUAGGUCACAAACUAGGCUGUUGUGUCAUCGAUGUGGAUGAUGAUAUCCUUGAGAAAACCUGGAACAUGAGCGCUUCUGAAAAACUGCAGGAUGUUGGUCAUGAGCGAUUUUUAGAAGAGGAAGGAAAAGCCGUGUUGAACCUGUCUGCAUCUGGAAGUGUGAUUUCCCUCAGUAGGUCCAAUCCCAUGCACGAUGCCAGCAUGUGGCAUCUGAAGAAAAACGGAAUCGUUGUAUACCUGGAUGUGCCUCUAGUAGAUAUAAUUAGUCGUCUGAAGUCAAUGAAAAUUGGUAGGAUUGUCGGUCAGGACUCUGGAAGAUCCAUGAGAGACUUACUGAGGCACCAAAGACUCUACUAUAAGAAGUGGUUCGAUACUCGAGUCUUCUGUGAGAGCGGGGCUCCCGCUGAGGAGGUCGCGGACAAAGUGCUGGAGGCUGUGAGGAGAUACCAAGACGUGGACUCAGAGACGUUCAUUUCAACAAGGCACGUUUGCCUUAAAGACCAGGACAAGAAGUUCCCACCAAAAUACUUCAGCGAGGCAGUGAUUGAGGGGCUGGCUUCCGACGGUGGACUCUUUGUUCCUGAGAAGGAGUUUCCAAAAUUAAGCUCUGGGGAGUGGAAAAGCCUAAUCGGAGCAACCUAUAUAGAAAGAGCACAGAUACUUUUGGAAAGGUGUAUUCACCCUGCAGACAUACCUGCCACCAAACUAGGAGAAAUGAUUGAAACUGCUUAUGAGGACAACUUUGCCUGCUCCAAAAUUGCCCCCGUCAGGCACCUUUCAGGCAACCAGUUCAUCCUGGAGUUGUUCUACGGGCCGACGGGCUCCUUUAAAGAUCUGUCUUUACAGCUCAUGCCUCAUAUUUUUGCUUACUGUAUCCCAUCAAGCUGCAAUUACGUGUUGCUUGUAGCUACUUCUGGAGACACCGGGAGCGCAGUCUUAAAUGGUUUUAGCCACCUUAAUGAAAACGACAAGCAAAGAAUAGCUGUGGUCACAUUUUUUCCAGAGAAUGGAGUUAGUGAGUUUCAGAAGGCACAGAUAGUUGGCAGUCAGAGAGAAAAUGGAUGGGCGAUAGGUGUCAGGUCAGAUUUCGAUUUUUGCCAGACAGCUGUAAAGCAAAUAUUUAAUGAUUCUGAUUUCACUGGCUUUCUGAUUGUGGAAUAUGGGACAAUCCUAAGUUCAGCCAAUUCUAUAAAUUGGGCUCGACUGCUUCCCCAGGUAGUGUAUCACGCAUCUGCCUAUCUUGAUCUUGUGAGCCAAGGGUUCAUUUCCUUUGGGAGCCCAGUAGACGUCUGUAUUCCCACAGGAAACUUUGGCAACGUAUUGGCAGCAGUGUAUGCCAAGAUGAUGGGCAUCCCUAUUCGAAAGUUCAUCUGUGCCUCUAAUCAGAACCAUGUUUUGACUGAUUUCAUAAAAACUGGACACUACGACCUAAGGGAUAGGAAGUUAGCACAGACCUUUUCACCAUCAAUAGAUAUUCUCAAACCCUCAAACCUGGAGCGGCACUUAUACCUGAUGGCUAACAAAGACGGGCAGUUAAUGGCGGAUUUGUUUAGCCAGCUCGAGAGUCAGCUCCACUUCCAAGUAGAGAGGAUGCUGGUGGAGAAGCUGCAGGAGGACUUGGUUGCAGACUGGUGUUCUGAGGGAGAGUGCCUCGAAGCCAUCAGCACCACCUACAACACGUCGGGGUACAUUCUAGACCCCCACACCGCGGUUGCAAAAGUGGUUGCAGACAGGACACAAGACAAAUCCUGCCCAGUGAUCAUCUCAUCCAUAGCCCACUACUCCAAGUUUGCACCCGCUGUCAUGCAGGCCCUGAAGAUUGACGAACUCAACCAGACGUCGUCAAGCCAGCUUUACUUGCUGGGCUCCUACAACGCAUUGCCGCCCCCUCACGAGGCUUUACUAGAGAGGAUGAAGCAGGAAGGGAAGGUGGACUACCAGGUGUGUGCAGCGGAUGUCGGUGUCCUCAAGAGUCACGUGGAGAAGCUGAUCCAAAAUCGGUUCUUAAGGCAGUCCGAGUAGAGGAUUUUUAUCUUGGUAAGAAGCAAAAAUAAAUCCCAAGAGUCAAUGUGGACUACAAUAGCGUUUUGUUUUGUGUAAAUGUUUAUGUGUGCAUCUGCUGGAAAUCCCGUAUCCUGAUCCCCGGGACUGACCGAUACACCUGCGGUGUACCUCCUCAGGUCCUCCGGAAGAGACAGAUGCCAGCAGCGUCCCCGGAACCUUGUGCUGUCAGGGUUCCGUCUCUGCUCAUGGGGGCUAUGGCAGUUUCCCCUUCACCCCUACUUCUGAGAGGAACAAAGUAUCUGGUGUUUAGCUUGGCAUUUAAAAAUAUUUAAGCACAGUUAAGUACUGCAUCUGUACCCAUCCAUUUACUGUUUAUUCUUCAAACAGUUUGCUGCUUGAGAUAGUUAACUCACAGAGAAGCAGGAAGUUCACUAAGGUUAGAGUCAUCGUUUUUGUAACCCGUUCAAACUCCAUUUUUGGACAGCAGUUGCUUACAUAUUUCCCAGACCAUUCACUGCUCUUAGAAAGUUUGCAGUUAGGCCGGUGAAGUUUGAAAAGCCAGCCAACAUUUAACUCUAGCGUGUAGCAGUCAACAGAAAUAGUGAACACAGAAAUAAAAAAAACUACUUCAAGAGGAAGGUGUUCCCAAAUCAGUAAUGUCUAAAAGUUUUAAUAAAAGUAUAAUUAUAGACAGCCACCUUCUGUAUUAUUUGAAGUCUGUUUCUAUUUGUCUCAGUUUUAAUGAACAUUUUUGGACACCUAAAUCCAUACAAAUGGAUGCAAAUGCAUAAUGUCUGUCACUGUGUAGUGGCAGUGAAAUUAACUGUGACCUGUGUGUGUAUUUCCUCAAUAUUUUACUUUCUGGAACUAAGGUUGUCACCGACCUGAAGUGCAGUGGGCUGCUCUCCACCACAAGAUGGCAUUCCUCACAGACUGGGUCUUUGCUGAUGACAUUCUGCUUCUAGUUACCUUACAGAGAUGUUAUAUUAAAAAUUAAAAUGAUAAAAAAGAUUAAUAGUUUUCAUGGGUAAGGAGCAAUUUGUUUUACAAGUUUGAAAUUAAACCAAUUACGUAUUAUCAUCAAA